CCCGACCGUCGUUCAUUACAUACACUCGUUUAAACCAGAAGCCAUGAUUGCUUCAUACCUUUUCGCCCUUUGGGCAUGUCUUUUGGGUCUUGCAGCCGCUGACUGUGGCCAAUACGCAUGUGACACCUUGAUUCCAUCAUACGCCCAAAGUCAGGAUGGAGCUUGUGUGUUCAGUCCCCUUGGUUCAGACCUUUUUUCCAUCGCAUUUGUUGUUUGUCCUUGCUAUCAAGAGGUUGAGAGAGCAAAUGUUGCGUUCACCAUGGCCAAUGGUGUUGUUUCGACCACCACAGGCCAACUUCCAAAUCAGGGAUCGACUGUAGUCCCGAACUCGCUUCAAACCGUCUCACUCACGUUCUUGGUUCUUACCAAAAGUUUUAAGCCUGGCUCUUCAGUGACCGUUACCCAUUUAGGAUAUCGAGCUGCCCUGUCAACAACAACGACUCAAAGAAUCACGUUUGCAGUUAAUACUCAGAGCACUGUGUACUCACUAGCAACUGCCACACAAACUGCCACUGAUACGUUGAGUAUCUCGAGCGACAUAACCAACACUAUCACAACGUCCUCAACACUGGCCCUCGUAACAACGAGCAGCCGCUGUGUCGACGGGACUGUGACCGAGACCCAGACUGAUACUGAGACGUCAACUACCACGACUACGCCAGACGCCGAAAUUACUACUCAAACCGACAGCGUCACGGAAACUAGUACAGAAACUACGACAUCCACUUCGAGCGUUGCACAAGAAACAUCGACCAGUCUCUGCACCACUGGAACCUUGACCGAGGCUGCUCCCGAGAGCACCGAGUCCGUCACAAGCACAACGACUCCCGAUCCGUCAACAUACAUCGAGACUGCCGGCGAGUGUACCUCUACGACUGAGUACUUGACUCAAACUAUUCGAGAAGACCCGGAGGAGAUCACGGUCUACGCUGACAGGUCGACCACAACCGAGACUCUGCCAGCCGGUACUGUUACCAGUAUUUUCACUACAACAGACGCUCCUCGCACUGUCACUGAGACUGUCGUCUUCACUUCGACCGUGUCCCGCUUCUGUGUCCCGGGUGAGCAAUCAGGCGGGAUCAAGAAGCGUGCUACGCUGAACUGCGAUGCACCCGCGACAACAACAAUUGCCAGUGGCACCAUCACUAUGCAGACCACUGUCACAUCUACCGAGAACUUUGGAGCUACAGUUGUCACGACUGAAGUUGACACCAUUACCCCCGACCCGGCAACAACUACAACUUGCAGCUACGACUCGGACACAGAGACGGAGACGAUCACAAACACCGAGACCGAGGUUGUUACUGCUGCUACUCCUACGGACACUGUUACAACAGUCUCAACUGCAUACGAGACCAGCACGGUCACUGACAUCUCGACUGAAUUCCCCGAUGUCCUGACUACCACGGUCUGCUCCGACGUGGAAGCCACGGUCACGACUACACCGACUACUACGGAGACGAUCACGGUCACGGCUGAUCGAUCUACUACAACAUCAACAACCACCGCUACAUCGACACGCACAAUCUUUGAGGACACCACCACCACUAUUGCGCCAACUCCUGCUACUGUCACCAUCAAUGUGACUCCCGCGCCCGCCACUGAGACUGUCUAUACUACUCAGACUGACAACAUCACAACGACCGUGUGUGGCGAUGUUGUCACCAGCACACGAACAAUUGUAGUUAGAGAGACAAAGUAUCCCAGCCGGGAUCCUCCUGUCUGCUCUGGCGGUGGACGAUGCAGAGCGGUGUAUUAAGUCAACAGGGGCCAUGUUAUGUUAACUCGGAAAGACAUGUAAUAUUCUUCUGUACUUAUAUUAACUUUAUUAUAUAUGAGUUAACUUCGACCUUUCAAUGGGCGGAGACUCUUUUCACCACCUUCAGCCUCUACUAGUAUGCACCACUCUAAACGUCACACCCAUCAUAAUGUCCGCAGUUUAAUUCUAAUUGCCAUUAUUGGCUCCAAAAUUC